AAUCGGAUCGUUCGUUCGGUGUAUCGCACAACAUCGUUAUUGCGCGUGCGUGCUGAUCCACACACACUGUGGCGUAACACGUGCUUCAGGGCGAACGUGUUAGUGAAUGGAAUCUAGAUUCUAUGUUACGAAUGGAAGAACUAACGAAACACGAACCUACACUAAUAAAAAACAAACUAUGAUAAAUCCGGAUACGAACAAGUGUAGGAAAAUCUUCCUCUGUUGCUUUUGUAUGAUGUCCGCCUACAGCUGAUGUUUUGUUUAUGGAUUUUCCUCUCACUACACAUUGUUGGUGGUAGCAUAGUGGCUGGGCAAACUAGUGACAGCAAAUGAAUGGUCAAUAGUGGAAACUAUGAGGCAAACAUUAAACUAAAUAAUUCUCUAUAUUGUGGAGCUGUACUUAGCGGACACCGGAGAAGGGUAAAUUUCGCUUGCCUUAAGAAAUCACUGGUGCUGAAGAUGACUACCACAGAUUGGGACAAAUUCAAACUGCUGUUAUGGAAAAAUUGGAUCAUACAAAAACGGCAUUAUAUGCAGACCAUUUUCGAAAUCAUGAUCCCGGUUCUCGCGUGUUCGUUACUGAUUCUCGUCAGAGGUCUGGUGAAUCCAUCCACGUAUAAGAACUCGACUACAUUCGACAGUCUCAACGUUAGCAGUAUCGCUAGUAUAAGGACAAUGGUCACAAAUCACCCAAUCGACUUAACGCUGGCGUUUUCCCCAAAGAAUAAUUUGUUCGAGCAAGUGGUAAAAAAGGCAGCUAGAAUGUUAGGAACGGACGUAAAAACGAAAGCCUUCAAUGACAGUAAAAGUAUGUAUAAUGUGUUGAUAACGAACAAUUACCUGGCUGGUAUAGAAUUUGGAGACGAUCUGUAUAACGCUACCUCAGUUCCUGAUAAUAUAUCGAUUGCACUACGUUACCCCAGUGAGAUGCGAACCACAAUGCUACCAGGAGCGGAGUUCUGGGCUAAUUGGCGGACCUUUCUAGUGUUCCCUCCUUUUCAAACAUACGGUGCUAGAGCAAUCAAUAACAGCGAUGGUGGAUAUCCAGCAAACUAUUACAGUGAAAGUUUCGUCUCCGUACAGAAUGCGGUUACACGAGCUCUUUUAAGUGCCAAGAAUAGCUUUUAUCAAUUGCCCACAGUUACACUUCAGAGAUUUCCAUACCCGCCGUUCUACAAUGAUCCGCUGUUGAGAGGAUUGGAGAAUCUUUUCCCAGUGAUCAUCAUGAUCGCAUUUUUCUACUCGUGUAUCAAUACCGUCAAGUUCAUAACACUAGAGAAGGAGAGGCAGCUGAAGGAAUCGAUGAAAAUCAUGGGUCUCAGUGGUUGGAUUCACUGGACAGCUUGGUUCGUGAAAACUCUAAUCUUGUUAUCGAUCUCAAUUUCACUCAUAACCAUACUGCUAUGCGUCAGCCUCACUACCAACACUGAUGUGGCUAUUUUCGAAUUUUCGAAUUGGUUUUUAGUAUGGGUAUUUUUGCUAAUGUACAGCAUCACCACGAUCACGUUCUGCUUCAUGUUGAGUUCAUUCUUCUCAAAAGCCAACAUCGCAUCGGGUGUUUCUGGGAUUAUCUGGUUCUAUUCCUUGACUCCAUACAACAUAACGUUCGGAAACUAUGAUAGGAUGUCACUUGGCUCAAAACUGGCUUCCAGUUUGUGGUGCAAUACAGCAAUGGGAUACGGGUUUAUGCUUCUCAUGAAACAUGAGGGUACUUCGGCUGGUUUGCAGUGGUCUAAUCUAUUUUCUCCGGUAACUGUAGAUGAUCAACUCACGGUGGCACACAUUUUGCUAAUGCUGUUGGUAGACGCCCUGUUUUACCUAUUGGUUGCACUAUACGUAGAACAAGUUGCCCCGGGAAAAUUUGGCAUCCCCAAGAAAUGGAACUUCAUUUUUACGAGCGAUUUUUGGAACAUGAAUAACCGUUACAGCAAGCAAACAGACAGUCUUAAUAGAGAGCAUCUCAACGAAGGCUCAACUGAUAAUACGGAGGAUGAACCGACUGAUAAACAGGCAGGAGUUAAGAUAUUGGAACUAUCGAAAGUAUUCGAAGGAUCUAAGGGAACUAAGGCUGUCAAUGGUUUAUCUUUGAAUCUGUAUGAGGAUCAGAUAUCAGUAUUGUUGGGACACAAUGGAGCUGGAAAGACUACUACAAUGUCAAUGUUGACCGGUAUGUUCCCACCUACCUCCGGAACAGCGAUUGUGAAUGGGUACGACAUUCGAUUCGACAUUCAACAUAUAAGGAACUCGAUUGGGUUAUGUCCCCAGCAUAACGUCCUUUUUGAUGAAUUAACAGUAUCGGAACAUAUUCGAUUCUUUUCCAAACUCAAAGGGUUUGAAGAGGAUGAAAUCGCCGGAGAGAUUGACAAAUAUCUCACUCUGUUGGAACUGGAGGACAAACGAAAUGCACAAAGUCAUACGCUGUCCGGGGGAAUGAAACGGAAGCUCUCCAUGGCAAUCGCCCUUUGUGGUGGAUCCAAAGUGGUACUGUGUGACGAACCAACGUCAGGAAUGGAUCCAUCGGCGAGAAGAUUGUUAUGGAAUGUGUUACAAACAGAGAAAAUCGGGAGAACAAUUCUGCUAUCCACGCAUUUUAUGGACGAGGCGGAUAUUCUUGGCGAUAGAGUUGCAAUUAUGGCUGAAGGAGAACUUAAAGCGGUGGGUUCUCCAUUUUUCUUGAAACAAAAAUAUGGACGUGGCUAUCGUUUAGUGUGUGUAAAAAACCCAGGCUGCAACUCAGCUAUACUUACGAAUUUCUUAAGGAAACAUAUACCGGACAUUUGUGUAGAAUCUGAUAUCGGUACUGAAUUGAGUUAUGUUCUGAAACAUGAAUAUCGCCAAAAUUAUCAGAGUGUGCUAGCUGACCUGGAAGAACACUCACAGAAAUGUGAAAUUUCUAGUUAUGGAAUUACACUCUCGACGUUGGAAGAAAUUUUUAUGAGGUUGGGAAGCGAUGGAUACUUGACAUCAGACACCUCAAACACACGUGACAUAGGCUAUCCGAAUAACUCGAACGCCUUAGAACGACAAGAGCAUUUGUAUUCUUCUGAAAUUGGCAGAACGUUGCUCUUCAAUCACAUCAAAGCUAUGUUCCUAAAAAAAUAUCUUAGCUUUAUCAGGACAUGGAAAGUAUCAUCUCUGCAGACAACACUUUCGAUGUUCUAUAUUAUAGUGAUAAUUAUUAUCGUCCGCUCGUUUCCAAAUAACGUAGUCUUACCUCCGUUGGAAAUCUCAUUUCAUUCUUACGAAAAAACAGUAACUGUGUUGGAGACAACUGAUACAAACGGUACCUUAGCCAAAAGUUACUCCCAUCUAUUCACUGGAAUACCCAAAACGAACAAACUUAUUACGAUCUCAAGUUCAUUUAGCGACUAUAUCUUAAGCAAGUCCUUCGAGAAUAUCAAAACAGUGGACAACAUAUAUAUGGUUGGCGCAACGCUGAACGAAAUGGAGCAAAGCUUCACGGCUUGGUUUAAUAAUAAAGCGUACCACACAGCACCACUGUCGUUGAACCUGAUCUACAAUGCUAUGCUGCAAACCUUUUGCAGUACCUGCCACGUGCAGAUAAUCAAUAAACCUCUGCCUUACAGUUCGCGUGUGAGAUUUUUAAGGUUACAAGCUGGCAGCAACAUGGGAUUCCAGCUGGCGUUCAACACCGGAUUUGCGAUGGCCUUCGUUGGGGCCAUGUAUAUAAUGUUUUACAUCAAAGAAAGAGCAUCCGGAGCGAAGCUGCUGCAAUUUGUUAGUGGCGUGAAUGCGAUCACAUUUUGGACUGUCUCAUUUAUCUGGGAUUAUUUGGUAUUUUUAAUGGCAGUGCUACUUUAUAUCCUUACCUUAGCAGCUUUCCAGGAGGAUGGGUGGUCCUCUCCAACUGAGUUGCUGCGAGUUGUCGUUGUUAUGCUCUGCUUUGGAUGUGCGGUUAUCCCGUUCACUUACCUCUGUUCGUACUUCUUCGAUGUGCCCUCAACUGGUUUUAUAAAGAUGUUGAUAUUUAACAUAUUCACGGGAACGGUUAUUUUCACGGGAAUAUUUUUGCUUAAAUAUAGCGAGUUUAAUUUGAAGGACGUUGCAGAAACUAUGGAGUGGUUCUAUAUGAUAUUCCCCCAUUUUGCACUGAGUCACAGUUUGAACAAUAUCAACUUGGCAUUGACCAUAAAACAGAUUUGUGAUGCGCAAUGUGAGGCGAUGCCAUUCUGUACCGAGAACUUGUUGUGUAGUUUUGAUAAGAGAUGUUGCGAUACUGAAAUUUUCUCAUUCCGAUCCAAUGGAAUCAGUCGCAAUCUGGUAUACAUGCUAGCAGUAGGUUUUGUAUCAUUCGCGGCUUUAUUGUGCAAGGAAUUGGUUGUCAUCAACUGCAAGAUAAACUUUCGAAAGCCAUGGAACUGUGUACCGAUUGCAUCAACAAGUGGAUCAAAACAAACCAUAGUGCUCGAAAAUGAUUCUGAUGUAUUGGACGAAAAACAACGGGUGCAUUCAUUCAGUGACACUGAGCUCGAUAAUCAUACUUUAGUCGUUAAGGAUGUCUCGAAAUACUACGGUUCAUUUCUAGCAGUAAACCAAAUGUCACUGGCGGUUGAAGAUUAUGAAUGUUUCGGCCUUCUCGGAGUCAAUGGUGCUGGUAAAACGUCGACUUUUAAAAUGUUAACCGGAGAUGAAACCUUUUCAAGUGGAAAUGCCUGGGUCCGUGGAAUUGAUAUGAGAACAAAAAUGGACGAAGUAAGUCGCCUUAUCGGAUAUUGUCCCCAGUUUGACGCAUUGUUUGAGGAUUUGACGGGCCGUGAGACGUUGACAAUGUUUGGCCUUCUGAGGGGUGUACCCAACUCUUCGAUAAAACUAGUCUCCUUGAUACUGGCGAAUGAUCUAAACUUCCUGCAGCAUAUAGACAAAAGGGUUGAGGCCUACAGUGGAGGUAAUAAACGAAAGUUAAGUACAGCUCUGGCGUUGAUAGGGAAGCCGAUCCUGAUCUUUCUGGAUGAGCCUACAACCGGAAUGGAUCCCGCAGCAAGACGUCACUUCUGGGACACGAUUUGUCGCAUUCGAAUGGCGGGGAAAUUGAUAGUCAUGACCUCACACAGCAUGGAAGAAUGUGAGGCCCUUUGUACGCGUCUAGCGAUCAUGGUAAAUGGUGAAUUCAAGUGCCUUGGAUCGUCGCAGCAUCUCAAGAAUAAGUUUACCAAGGGUUUUCAUCUGACGAUCAAGCUGAAAAAAAGUGAUGUUAGUACCUCACAGGACCAGAUGGAUAUGGUGAAACAAUACGUAGAAGGCAACUUCGAGGGAGCUUGUUUAAGGGAGCAGUAUCAAGAUUAUUUGACAUACCAUUUAACCAAAACAUCCCUAAAAUGGUCAACGAUGUUCGGAUUAAUGGAGAAGGCCAUGGAACUAUUCGAUAUCGAAGACUAUGCUUUGGGGCAAACAUCUCUGGAGCAAGUAUUCCUAGCGUUAACUGCUUACCAAAGAGCGUGUGAUUGAAACUGUGUUAUCUGAAAUCUAUCAGUAUUUGGCGAUGGUCUCAAUAAGAGGCAUCAACUUAUAACAAUGCAAAAACGAGAACAAACAGUGAUACUUAAUAGAUCUAGACGGAAGCUUACGUUAAAUACGUUACGUUA